AUGCUUCGUAUUGUUUCGGAGGGCAACCUACGUAUAUUGAAUCAUUCCAUCGCCCGAUCAUUAGCAUUUCCUUCAGCCAUGACAGACAUCGAUAUGAUUGCAGAAUUAGUCGAGAUAACUAUUGCCGCUGCUUCUCGCCAAUGUCUAGAGUCAUUUGCGACGUGCCUCGCACAAGCAUCGGCUAUCCAUCCCCGGGAGUUCUCGAGGGUAGAGGAUCAAGUAGCGAGGUUUUCUACCUGGACAAGUGGUAUGGGCGUCUUCGCUCCUGGACGAGCAUCCAUGGAUCAUCGGCUGCGGUACGCUCCCGAAGUACAGAGUGUUGCCAUAGGCUUGCUAAAUUCAUUAAAUCACCGCAUUCGAAAAUGUUCCCAUAUUAUGGAUGGUCAUGGCAAAAAUCCAGAAUCGGAUGUCUCGAUACCAACUAAAGCACUGCAAGGAAGUUAUAAUGACAUCGGGUCGGAAAUCAGUCUUCUUAACAAAAUGUCAAACGUGAUUCGAAGAGCUAGCAAGGAGGAUACAGCGUUGAAGAUGAAGAUGAAGAGUUUUCAGAUUGAAGAUGAAGAUAAAGACAUUGAACGCACGCUACUCGGUAUUUUUAAGCAUCAUAUCAACGACAAGUUUCCCAGAGCUAGCGACACUAUCCAACAAAGGCUCGCUGAGGCGAUGAUUUUUCGGCGAAAACGAAUUCUCUAUUGGAGAUAUCGCCAAGAAGCUGCGACUAAGUUGCUCAAUGCAGACCUCAAUGUCUCACACACGGCGCCAAAGCCUCGGCCACCAAUCUCUUCAGCCCAAAUAGAUACAUUACAACAAAACAAACAGAAGAGUAGAGCAGCUGAGCCUGUGAUCGCAUCAUCCGAGAUUCAGAGUGCGACCACUCUACAACCCGAUAACUUUAAACUAGCUGCUACAAGCCCGUCAGUUGGUUCAGCCAUGACGAUAGCUCUGAGCGACCAUGAAACUCUUGAUUUCCCAAUUGCUCCAGGGGCCGCUGCUAAACGAAAAUACGAACAACUUAAAAUGGAGAGAUUAGCUACCCACAAUUCUAUGCUCGACAAAUUUGACAAGGCAUACCCCGACGGGUAUUCGAGAGAAAUUUUUCGCUUUGAUGAACAAGAUUCGCGAACCAUUGCAGAGAAAGAUCUUGAACUUGAAGCCAUCAUGGAGGCAGAUAUUCAAGCCUUAGGAGAGAUAACUUGCCCAUAUUGCCUUGAAGCUCUUCCAGCUAUAGAGGUAUUCGAUCACCCAAAAUGGCGAAAACAUGUCAGAAAUGAUCUAGAUCCCUACAUAUGUCUUUCUGAAGAAUGCAAUGAUGCAGAUGAGCUCUAUAAGCACAGCGAAAAAUGGCUUAGCCACAUGCACCAACACAAUCAGCGCUGGCGUUGCCCGUCCCACCGUGAACUGGAUCUGUUUCUGACUCGCGAGGACUAUAUGCAACACAUGCGAGAAGCUCACAACUCCAACUUGGGAGAAAAGAAGCUUCUUAUAUUAGCUAAUAGGAACGCUCGCAAACCCACAAAGCUGUUCACAUCAUGUCCUUUAUGCGGAAAAAGCGAGGUUGAGGUUGAUGGCCGCUUAGAGAAUCAUAUAACUGGCCAUUUGAGAUCGCUUGCCCUUAAGUCUCUUCCACCAUACGAGGAUGACAUGGAAGAUGAUGUUGAGAGCGAACGAGAUGGCUGUGAUGGCUCACAGUUGCGAAGCGUGAGGACAACUGAGGAUCUGUCGACUGGCAAAGGUUCAUCGGCAGAUAAGAAGAAUGAACAAACUGUAUUAUCGAAGCUGUCUGAAACGGAAGAGACGGAUUUUGUGAACGACGCUCCUUACGAUUUAGAUGCUAAGCAUACAGAUACGUGGAACUCCUGGGUGAAUGAUUGGAUAUCCAACAAGCCCACGCUUCAACAUUUGCAGCAAAUAUCUGAGAAAGAUCCAAUCUUUCAGUUUAUGCUACUCAAAGACAAAGAGAGUCACUCAUUCCCUCAAACACCCCGACAACAAUCUCCGCACCAGGGAUCCAACUCUGUCUCCGGCAUAGAUCAAUCAUCUACUUGCGAUGAAGAACCUGAGCCAGUUCCUGGGCGCAUUGUUUACCAGCAAAUAUUUAACGAUAUCACAGAGUUUCACCAAACAUGGAACGACAUGUAUCAAAGGAGGGACGAUAGGCUUAUAAAUUCUUUUGGCUGGGAUGGGGCAAACUUAACAAUGCAAGGCCAGCCGCUCAUUAAUCAGCAACAACGCACGAUGUCGGUUAACAACAAUGUUUCAAGCAUGGGUACCCAAGAGCUUAGCGACAUGCAGCUUCUUGCAGAAUCAUGGAUAGAUGAUUCCAGCGAAAUUUCCCAGUAA